AUGAAUAACUAGGUUGAAGGAAAGCAAAUAAAUUAGUAAAGUUAGUAAGAUAAAAAAGUUCAAACCAAAGAAACUUAAAAAGUAGAAAAGGUUAUAGAAAUCAAACCAGAAAUUAAAUUCUAUGAAAAACUUGUCAUCAAAGUUUUGAAGCAAGGACAUAUUCCAAAUCACGUAGCAUUUAUUAUGGAUGGUAAUAGGAGAUACGCUACUAAUUAAGGAAAAUAAAAAACUGAGGGGCAUUUUUCAGGAUUUGUUACUUUUAAAAAAUGUUGUGAGUGGUGCUUCCAUUUAGGAGUCAAGGAAAUGACGGUAUUUGCUUUUGCAAUAGAAAAUUUUAAUAGAUCAAAAGAAGAAGUUGAAGUUCUCAUGAAUUUAGCCUAAAAAAGUUUAAGAAAACUUGCAAAUGAUGGAGAAUUUUUAUAAAGAUAUAAUAUCAAAGUGAAGGUUUGUGGAGAUUUAAAAUUGCUUCCAUAAGAAGUGCAACAAUCAAUGCUAGAAAUGGAAGAGUUAACAAAAAAUAAUAAAACUUUACUUUUAAACAUAUGCUUUGCAUAUAACUCACAGAAUGAAAUAGAGAAUUGUUUUUCAUAAAUCAAAAAAUAGGUGGAGGAUAAAAAAUUAGACAUUAAUAAAAUAGAUAACAAGGUCAUAAUGGAAAAUAUGCAUAUAAAAACUUGUCCUGAUAUACUAAUCCGUACUUCCAAUGAAAAUAGAUUAAGCAACUUUUUAACUUACUAAUCAACUAACACGUAAAUUAUUUUUAUCAAAGAAAACUGGCCUGAACUUUCAAUUUUUAGUAUUCUUAAAAUAAUAAUUCAAUACCAACUAUAAUUAUAUAAGUAGAAAUAAAUUUAAAAAUAAAUAGACUCUUGUAUUUGA